AUGCAUAUCCUCAUCACCGGCGCCGCCGGUUUCAUCGGCCAAUUGCUCGCAAAAGAGCUCCUAAACGAUCCCGCCUACCGCGUCACCUUAACGGACAUUAACCAACCUCCGAUCCCCGCAGGCGUCCGCUACCCAAACAAUGCCACCACAACCAAAGCAGAUCUCCUAAACAGCGCCAAAGAUGUCGUCGACGCCUCACUGGACGCCGUCUAUGCCUUCCACGGCAUCAUGUCCUCCGGCUCCGAAGCAAACUUCGACCUAGGCAUGAGCGUCAACAUCGACGCCACCCGAAACCUCCUCGACGCCCUCCGACAUACCUGUCCCGGCGUUCGUCUCAUCUACUCCUCCAGUCAGGCAGUUUACGGCCAGCCCUUGCCGGAAGUCGUAACAGAUAGCGUGAUCCCGACUCCAGAGUCGUCCUACGGCGCAGAGAAAAUCGUCUGCGAAACUCUCGUCAAUGACUAUACCCGUCGCGGGUUUGUGACGGGUUUCACUCUGCGCUUCCCUACUAUCUCCGUGCGCCCCGGUGCGCCUACUGCGGCCGCCUCAUCGUUCCUGUCCGGGAUGAUCCGCGAGCCGCUGGAUGGCAAGGAAUGCGUGAUUCCCAUUGAAGAUCGGGAGUUCAAGUCGUGGCUGUGCUCGCCCAAGACUCUGGUGGAGAAUUUACUGAUCACGCUUCGGCUUCCGGCGGAUGCGGUUCCGUUGCAUAUUCGACAGAUCAAUGUGCCCGGGAUUUGCGUUUCGGUUCAGGGUAUGAUGGAUGCGCUUGAGGCUGUUGGGGGUAAGGAGAAGUUGGCGUUGCUUACGGAAAAGGAGGACAGCUCGAUUGUUCCUAUUUUGCGAUCAUGGCCGACGCAGUUCGAUAACACGCAGGCUAUAUCUUUGGGCUUUAAGCGGGAUGAGUCUUUCGAGCAGACUGUGAGGGAUUAUAAGCAGGGACUGGCUUUAUAA